AUGGCCGGAGGCAAGAAGGGCAAGGGGGGAGGGGAUGCGGCGGAGGGGAGCAAGAAGGCUCUGGGCCAGGCGAGGAAGGCGGAGACGGCGGCGAGGAAGGCUGCGGAGGAGAGUGAACGGGAGGCGGCUGCUGAGGCGGCGAAGUGGGAGAAGGGGACUAAGAGUAAUGCGAAGAAGGAAACCGAAGCCCAAAAGAAAGCCGAACUGGCCCGCAAGAAAGCCGAGCGCGACGCCCUGCUCGCCGAGGAAGAGAAGAACACUCCCGGUCGCUCCCAGCCAAAGAACGCCAAAACUGCCGUCAAGAAGUCCCGGGGCUUGGAUCUGUCGCAGCUUGAUGAGCCUAGCUCUGGCCUGUCGGCGCUCAACGCAUCGGGCAUCGACAAUGCGCUUGACGCGCUGAGCUUGGCUGGCCCAGCGACGCAGGAUAAGAUCGAUAGACAUCCCGAGAGGAGGUUCAAGGCGGCAUAUGCGGCUUUUGAGCAGAGGAGGCUGGCCGAGAUGGAAUCGGACGGGACGGGCCAGGGGUUGAGGUUGAACCAGAAGAAGGAGAAGAUCAAGAAGGAGUUUGAAAAGAGCCCGGAGAACCCGUUUAAUCAGGUUAGCGCUAGGUAUGAUGCUACCAAGGAGGAGCUGGCCGAAUUGAAGGCGGAGGAAAGGAGGAAGAUUGAGGCUAGGUUGGGGAAGUAA